AUGAUCCAAAUCUCUGCCGUCUCGUGGGCUACAGACACCCAUCCGGCCAAAACUCGAGGCUCAUACCUCCGAGUACACUUCAAAAACACCCGUGAAACCGCCAUGGCCGUUCGCGGCAUGAAGUUAGCCAAGGCUCAAAAGUACUUGGAAGCCGUGAAAAACCACGAACAAGCUGUACCAUACCGACGAUACUCUGGUGGUGUUGGACGAACUGCUCAAGCUAAGGUCCAUGGUGUUACACAGGCCAGAUGGCCCAGUAAGAGUGCUGAGUUCCUAUUGGGAUUGUUGAAGAAUGCUGAAUCCAAUGCUGCUGUCAAAGGAUUGAAUGUGGAAACCUUGGUAAUCAAACACAUCCAAGUCAACCAAGCUCCAAAGCAACGUCGACGAACAUACCGUGCUCACGGUCGUAUCAAUCCAUUUAUGGCCAGCCCUUCACACAUUGAGGUUAUCUUGACUGAAGAAGAGAAGAUUGUACCCAAAGCUGCUGACACCAAGCUGGUGCCCAAACUCACCAGGAAGAGGGCAUUACAAAGAUUGAGGGCUUAA